AUGAACACAAACAACAAACAAUCCUGUGAAGAUGGUGUCGAUGAAGAGGAAGCACGAGGAGUUCAAAAUCAAGAAAAGUGUCUAUGGCGAUGGAAACAAGUGGUUCAGAGGUCCAUCAUCGGAAAAUCAAGCAGCGGACUGGUUUAUUUGGCGACUUUGAAGAAACCCAAAUGGAGACUCACCCACUUGCCUGUACUAAUGGCUGUGAAGUCCGCAGAGGUUUCUGAUUCGGCUUUGCUUCAGAGGGAAGCAAUUGUUCUUAGCAACUUCCAUGCUUGUCCCUAUAUCUAUCGUUGCUUUGGGGACGAGAUUAUGACCGAUGAUCGCAAUCGCAUCAUUUAUAACCUUCUCUUGGAGUACGGCUCUGGCGGAACCCUAGCUAAUUUGAUCAAGAAAAGUGGCGGCGAAGGAUUGCCUGAAUCUGAUGUUAGGCGCUAUACAAGGCAUAUUCUUGAAGGUCUUGAUUGUGUUCAUAGCUGUGGGUAUGUUCACCAUGCUCUAAAGCCUGAGAAUAUCAUAAUCGUUCCUAUCAUUACUAGAACUGGCGCUGAAUAUAUUGCAAAGAUUGGUGAUUUUGGGUUGGCAAAGAGAGCGAAGCAGAUGAGGAAGAUGAUGAUGAUGUCAAAGUCUUGUAAAUUGAGAGGAAGUCUCAGGUAUUCGUCGCCGGAGACAGUGGCUGAUAAAGGGCUACAACAAGAGUCUCCAUCUGAUGUUUGGGCUCUUGGGAUGACUGUGUUUGAGAUAUUAACUGGGAAGUCUGUGUGGGAUGGGAAACAAGAUUCAGAAGUUGAGGACAUUCUCUUUGAGAUUGGUAGAGGGCAUGGACUGCUCAAACUGCCCAAUCAGAGUGAGGUAUCAAAUGAAGCAAUGGACUUUUUGAAGGGUUGUUUUGCUGGAAAAGCUAUGGAUAGAUUGACUACUCAUAUGCUCUUGAAUCACCCCACUACAAGAAUUCACACAUUUGCCGACCACUUUUGCUGA